AUGGACGACAAAGCCAAUUAUUCCACACUGGUCUUUAAAAACAGCACUGCAUCUCAAAAAGAGGAAAAGGACAACCAACCCAUUUAUUCUGAAGUUAAACCUAAGAAGCAAGAAUCAAUGGCACCAAAGGCAAACGAGGACCCGAUGAUUUAUGCUAACGUAAAACCCAAAGCAGCUGCGGCCAAGGUACAGGAAAAGGAAAUCGAACUGACAACUCAUCCUGUGGAAAAACCUGACGAGUCUGCAGCUGCUGAUCCAAAAGGAGAAGAGCUGACAAAUUAUUCUGAAGUCAAACUGGAAGAGUCUGGGAUCACUGGUCCAGAAGCUAAACCAGCAGCAAAGCGCCCGACUUCUCGGCUGCUCAUGUGUUUGGGGACGCUUUGCGUCCUCCUGGUGGCAGGAGUCAUCGGCCUGUUGGCCACGUUGAUGAUGCUGAAAUCAACAAUCCAAGGGCUUGAAGACAACAACAAGAUGCUAACUGAGAAAAACACAAACUUAACAAUUUACAAUCGACAGCUACACGAUGAAAACGACGGUUUAAUGACUCGGACUCAAGAGUUGACCAAAGGAAGAGACGACCUUAACUGGACACUGGAAUUCAUCCUGACCUUCAACACGUUUCCAGUAAAAGACUUCUGUCCCAACAAAAGAUGUCAGCCGUGUCAGAACAGCUGGGUUCUGUUCCAGAACAAGUGCUACCUGUUCUACAAAGACGCAUCUUGGAAAACCUGGGAGGCAAGUCGACAGUUUUGUCAAAACCAGUCUGCAGAUCUGGUUGUUGUUGAGAAUCUGCAGGAACAGGAGUUUAUCAGUAAUAACACAGAGCCCUACUGGAGCAAUGAUCAUGGAUACUGGUUGGGGCUGAAACAAAAUAAGAGCAACUGGGUCUGGGUUGACGGACAUACCGACACUUUGGGGUUCUGGGGGAGUAAGAACAUUGCCAAUGAGUCUGUUAUGAUGAUUCCUGGGACACCGCCCACACAGAGCUGGAGGCGUAUAAUGUCAUCAAGUUUUCAAAAGGUCAUCUGUGAGCGUGACGCUCUGGUGUGGUCCACUUAG